AUGGCCUCUGCUGGUCUGCAAAUCCUGGGAAUCAUCCUGACACUGCUGGGCUGGGUGAAUGCCCUGGUGUCCUGCGCCCUGCCCAUGUGGAAGGUGACUGCCUUCAUCGGCAACAGCAUCGUGGUGGCCCAGGUGGUGUGGGAGGGCCUGUGGAUGUCCUGCGUGGUGCAGAGCACCGGGCAGAUGCAGUGCAAGGUGUACGAUUCUCUGCUGGCCCUGCCCCAGGACCUGCAGGCUGCACGUGCCCUCUGUGUCAUCACCCUCCUUGUGGUCCUGCUCGGCCUGCUGGUCUACCUUGCUGGAGCCAAGUGUACCACCUGUGUGGAGGACAAGGACUCUAAGGCCCGCCUGGUGCUCACCUCUGGAAUCAUCUUCCUCAUAUCAGGGGUCCUGACCCUGAUCCCCAUCUGCUGGACUGCCAAUGCCAUCAUCCAGGACUUCUACAACCCCCUGGUGGCUGAGGCCCAAAAGCGGGAGCUAGGGGCCUCCCUCUACCUGGGCUGGGCAGCCUCGGGCCUUUUGUUGCUGGGCGGGGGGCUGCUGUGCUGCACCUGUCCUUCUGGGGGUUCCCGAGGCUCCAGCAAUUACAUGGCCCGCUACUCAGUGUCUGUCCCGCAUACCACCUCUCGGGGGCCCUCUGAGUACCCCACCAAGAAUUAUGUCUGA